AUGAUCCACCUCACCAUGGACGACAUCCCACCCUUCACGGCAACGCCCGUGAGCGACAUCCCAGCCAUUCACAACCGCGUCAAUGACAAGUUCCUCACAAACGAGACACGACCCAUCGAGUACAGGCUGAAGCAGCUGAAACAGCUGUAUUGGGGACUGAAAGAUGAGGAGCCAGCGCUCAUGGAAGCGUGCAAGCUCGAUCUGGGCAAGAGCGCAUUCGAGGCAUAUCUCACCGAAGUGGGUUGGGUUCUGAAUGACAUUCUGUUCAUGAUCAAGAAUCUGCAGAGGUUCAUGAAAGAUGAGAAGGCGGAAGAUACAUCAUUGAUGAACAUGCCAAUGAGCCCCAGGAUCAGGAAAGAUCCUUUGGGUGCUGUGUUGCUGAUCGGUGCAUACAACUUUCCCAUCCAGCUCUCGCUUGGUCCUAUGGUCGGCGCAAUAGCUGCGGGCUGCACUGCCAUCUUGAAGCCGUCAGAGAAUGCACCAAACGCCGCGAGAGUGAUGCAGCACAUCAUCGAGCAGUCGCUGGAUCCCAGUGGCUACGGAUGUGUUCAAGGUGCUAUUCCAGAGACAACAGCGCUGCUAGACUGCAAGUGGGACAAGAUCUUCUACACCGGAAAUGCCAUGGUCGGCAAGAUCAUCGCAAAGAAAGCCGCAGAGACCUUGACUCCUGUCACGCUUGAGCUCGGUGGAAAGAACCCAGCCAUCAUCACCCGCAAUGCAGACCUCCGACUCGCAGCGAGACGUCUACUAUGGGCGAAGCUGAUGAACGUCGGCCAAGUCUGCGUCAGCCAAAACUAUAUCCUCGUGGACAAGGAGGUACUCCCAGGAUUCCUGCAGCAGCUUCAAACUGCCUUCAAAGAAUUCCAGCCAAAGGGAGCCGAGUACGCCGAUGACUACGGCAAAGUGGUCAACGAGCGUCAAUGGACCCGACUCAAGGAGAUGCUCGACAACAGCAACGGCAAGAUCCUCAUCGGCGGCAAGACUGACAAGUCACGCCUCUUCUUCGAGCCAACAGUCGUCCAAGUUGAUGACCUUGAAGACUCCCUCAUCAAAGACGAGUCGUUCGGCCCCCUCAUCCCCAUCAUGACAGUCAACAACCUCGACGAGGCCGUCCGCAUUGCGAACAAGGUCGACCCCACACCUCUCGGCCUAUACCCCUUCGGCAGCAAAGUGGAAACCGACAAGAUUCUCUCACAAACACGAUCCGGCGGCGCCUCCGUCAACGAUGGUUUCUUCCACGCCUCGAUCCCUACCCUCGCAUUCGGCGGUGUCGGCGGCAGUGGCCAGGGAGCAUACCGAGGAAAAGCAAGCUUCGAUUGCUUCACCCACAGGCGAUCUAUCACUACCACGCCAAGCUGGAUCGAAGGUCUACUAGCCGUCAGGUAUCCACCCUACACCGACAAGAAGCUGAAACAGUUCCGUUCGAUGAACGAGAAGAAGCCUGGGUUCGACAGGAAUGGCAAGUCCAGUGGCGGUCUGCUGUGGUGGUUGCUUGGACUGGGCGGCAGUAGCACGGCGUCAGCCGGCGGACGGGACAAGGAGGUGAAAGCCAAGUUGUAA